AUGUUCUGGGAACCCAAGGCCAGAGAAGCGACAACAAGGAGGGCUGGAGACUGGCCUAGGAUGCUGCCAGGUGGUUCAGCAGGCUGGGACAAGGCAAAGCUGAGUCUGGGAGUGAUUGGACAAGCUGGGCAGGGGUUUCUGGAGACAGUGAAAGCUGAAGCCAGUGUUUCAGGAGGCUGGAGUUGCACCUUGGAGCUGGGUCAAGGCAACAUGCAGGCCAGGAAUGACCAGGGAAAGCUGGAGGCUGAAGAUGUACAGGGGACCAGUAAUGUCCAACAAAUGUACCAGGGGUGGGUCACUAGGACUGGAGGCCAGGUGGGUGCAGGAAAGGCUAGGGGACUGGUCUGGGAGUAUUGGUUUGGCCAGAAGUGUGCUGGGGGAAACAAUGAGACCGAAGACAGGGGUCAGAGCCAAAGCCUGAGACUGAGGAUGGCUGAAACUGAAGCCCAAUGCCUGGGGCAGCCAAAGUUGGAGGCCAAGACUGAGAGCAGCCAGAGCAGGACAGCUGGGGGCAGGUUGGGAGCCAGAGAGGACUGGAAGGGCCAGCUGGAGACUGGUCUGGAGUUGGACAGGGCUGUGAGGCUGGAAAGGCGAACAGGGGACUGGCCUGAAGUCAGUCAGGGCCAGAGGGGCUACCUGGGGGCUGGUCUAAAGGUGUUGGGGAGGGUUGGGGUGGCUGGAGGUGACCUGAGGUGCUAUCUAGCUGGUGGGCUGAUAAUGGGAGGCCAAAACAGUGUAGGCAAGUGGGCUAACACUGAGACCAGGGUAACCAUGGGUAGUAAGGUGGAAGUCUGA